CCCUAUCCUCAAUGUCACCGCCCCCUGCUCCCUCCUGCUGCUCCUGACCCAUCGCCCGUACCCAAGACGCGCUCACUCACGCUGCCCCUUGGCCUUUGCUCUCUUGCAGUAGUCAUCUGUCACUGACUUGACUUCCUGGUCAUUGACAAACGUCUCUCUGAAUGCCAUCAAGAUGCCUCUCCCAGACGAGUCCUCACAGGCAUCUGUCCAAUCACUCAAAGCGCUCUUUGAACAGUCCUGCUCAAGUCCAGACAAGCAGCAACAACAUGAAUCUCUGCCAUCACCAGUCCAACAAACCUCCUCGCCGCGUCCACUCGGUCGUGUAAGGUCUUCCUUCAUUGCAGUGGAUAAGGGACGUGCUGCGCUGAACUUCUUUGAGCGUUCGCCGAGUCCUAUCCUUCGAACAGUGUCGAUGCCUGUUAUGAAGAAGAAGGAAGAUACUACUGCUGGUACUACUACUACUGACGGUGUGGAGAGGCUCAUUGAAGGGGUCAAGGGGAUUGCGGUUGAGGCGGCAACUGAAACGGCAGUCGAGCAGACUGUCAACGUGAGCGAUGAGGAUAACUAUAAGGCUUCCAUGAGUACAGAGAAGACGCUGCAGCAGGUGACAGAGACGGUCGUGGAGCCAUCGGAGGCACGGCUUAACAAAGGACCUGCCAAGUCAAGCAAUGAAGUUGACAGGAAGGCUUCGACGACAGCUGAGAAGCUUACAGAGAUGGCAGUGGAGCCAUUGAUGGCACAAGCUGGCAAUGCCCCUGGCAAGUCGAAUGUUGGCUCAAGCAAGAAGAAGUCGACGACUGAAAAGACGCCGCAGAAGGUCAAGACGCCCUCGAGCAAGACCCCGAAGGCGACAGCACGCGGGUCUAUGCCGACACAGAAGCCAUUGACAAGUACAUCGCCUCGAGUACAAAAAAAGAAACAGGUGGACACACAGAGCCCACCUUCCAUUCGAUCAACACGCUCACAGUCUUCUAUGCGUAGUGUCUCCCCAUUGGAUCCUACACGGCCGCCCAGUGCGAGUAUUGGCAGGGCUUUUGGACGGUCUGGUCGACCUGCAACGAGCCUUGCACAUGGAUCGCCCCCGCCGCGUACCGCGAGUCUCAUGGCAACAUCCAAGGAUGUACCCAAGACCGCGACGCCACAAUAGAAACUGUGUCGUGUCAAGAGAGCAAUAAGUUGGAGAAGAUGAC